AUAGAACUGUUCGAUUACAAUUGUGGGACACAGCAGGCCAAGAAAGAUUUCGAAGUUUAAUUCCGAGUUAUAUUAGGGAUUCCUCAGUAGCUGUUGUUGUAUAUGAUAUUACAAAUAGGAAUUCAUUUAUGAAUACAGCUAAGUGGAUUGAUGAUGUACGUGCCGAAAGAGGUCAUGAUGUUAUUAUUGUGUUGGUUGGGAACAAAACUGAUUUAAAUGACAGAAGACAAGUCACAACAGAGGAAGGGGAAAAAAAGGCAAAAGAAUUUAAUGUCAUGUUUAUUGAGACUAGUGCAAAGGCAGGGCACAACGUUAAGACCCUCUUCCGUAAAAUUGCUCAAGCUCUACCUGGAAUGGAAAAUACAAUGUCUGAGCCUCAAAAUCAACUCAUUGAUGUAAAUAUCAAUUCUGGCACUCAAAAUUCUAAUGAAAGUAGCAGUUGUGCUUGUUAA